UCUAACGAACGAUAUUCGAAAAAGGCAUCCCCAAAACACGCUUGCGAUCAAUCCGGUCUGUUUCUGAGAGAUCGUUUGUGCUGGAAAAAUAUACCAAAAUUAUCUUUCUUUCGCUCUACUUUCUAUAAAAUACAUCCUAUAGUAGGUCACGAAUAAAUAUGGAGGUUGCUGGCAAAGACGGACCAUCAAAGGUUUCAUGUCAAUCGAAGUUGCCAGGAAGUAACUCGAACAUGAAAACCGGAGGAGACCUUGCGCCAAAACGUGGAACAUACACACAAUAUAAUGACAAAGAGAACUCUGGUACUAAUAACAAUACAACACAAGGGACAAAAGGUGUAACGCCUGUCGAACAAGAUACAACGGAGAAGAAAGAAGGAAAUUAUAAGAAGUGGAAUCUAUCAGAUUUUGACAUUGGAAAGCCUCUCGGAAAAGGAAAAUUUGGAAAUGUUUACUUGGCACGGGAAAAGAAAAGCAAAUAUAUUGUAGCCCUGAAGGUUUUAUUUAAAAGCCAGUUACAGAAAUCCAAUGUGGAGCACCAACUUAGAAGGGAAAUUGAGAUUCAGUCUCAUCUGAGGCACAACAAUAUCCUACGCCUGUUUGGGUAUUUCUAUGACGACACACGAGUCUAUCUUAUUCUUGAAUAUGCUCCCCGAGGAGAACUGUAUAAAGAACUUACUGCUUGUGAGAAGUUUGAUGAGAAAAGAGCAGCUAAGUAUAUUCGACAGCUUGCAGAUGCUCUUGCUUAUUGUCACUCUAAGAAAGUCAUCCACAGAGACAUCAAGCCCGAAAACCUUCUCCUGAAUUAUAAGGGUGAUAUCAAGAUUGCAGAUUUUGGUUGGUCUGUUCAUGCACCAUCAUCACGACGUACGACUCUCUGUGGGACCUUAGACUAUCUGCCACCCGAGAUGAUUGAAGGAAAGGAACAUGAUGAAAAAGUCGACCUUUGGAGCAUAGGUGUCCUCUGCUAUGAAUUCCUUGUUGGCAAACCACCUUUUGAGGCAGAGGGGCACAAUGAGACAUACAGGAGAAUUUCGAGAGUUGAUCUAAGGUUCCCAUCACAUGUCAGUCCUGGAGCUCGUGACCUGAUAAGCAAGCUUCUACAGCACAAUCCCAACAACAGACUUCCACUGAAAGCUGUGCUUAACCACCCAUGGAUACGAAUGCAUGCCACACCUGUCCUAGAACAAAAACCAGCCAGCCAAAGAUGAUUCACAAUGAAUAUAACAGAGGUCUAAAAGCUCUGUUGAGCUGAGAUAUAUUUUCAUGCUUUGCCAUGUCCAGGACCCUGGUCAUACAGAUGGUGCAAAAUUGAAAUGUAUAUAAAUAUUGCAAAGUGAAUAAUAGAAUGCACUGGUCACCACAAAACCACCAUGUUUCUAGCCACCUCACCCAGUUAAUUGACUUAUAAGUUGCUUGUACCUUGUGUCUUUGUCAAAACACAAUUAUAUGAAAGGCAUACAUAAUUAUUAUGAGUAGUAAUGAAAUCUUUUGAAGGUCGACUACAAAUGUAGUUCCUUUACUCUACUAAUACUGUAUAAGAGAAGCAUUUCCAAUGACAAUAAACUCAUUACACGCACAGUGACACCAAACUACAAAAGAUAGAUGAUUCACACAACCUUGUUGUUAGAAUAUUGUAAAGCUUGUAGUUAUGGCAAAUAAUGUUAUUCAAAUGUAUUUUUCACUAAGAUUGCUUCCUUAUCAAAAUAUAUGUGCAAUUCCCUUAAGGCAAAAAAUAGCUUCAAAUAGUGUUAUUGUUAUUAUUUUAUGAAAAAGAAGUAUAAAUAAAUAAUAUACUUUA